AUGCCCCACUCUGUGACCCUGCGUGGGCCUUCGCCCUGGGGCUUCCGCCUGGUGGGUGGCCGGGACUUCAGCGCGCCUCUCACCAUCUCUCGGGUCCACGCUGGCAGCAAGGCUGCACUGGCUUCCCUGUGCCCCGGAGACCUGAUCCAGGCCAUCAAUGGUGAGAGCACAGAGCUUAUGACCCACUUGGAGGCACAGAACCGCAUCAAGGGCUGCCACGAUCACCUCACACUCUCUGUGAGCAGGCCCGAGGGUAGGAGCUGGCCCAAUACCCCCGAGGACAGCAAGGCCCAAGCACACAGGAUUCACAUCGACCCGGAGGCUCAGGAUGGCAGCCCAGUGCCCAGCAGGCGGCCCUCAGCCACAGGGAUUGGACCAGGAGAUGGGAGACCAGUCCUGGGAACUCCAUAUGGGCAGCCACCUCGCCUCCCAGUCCCUCACAAUGGCAGCAGCAGUGAAGCCACCUUGCUCGCACAGAUGAGCACCCUGCAAGUGUCUCCACCCUACAGUGCUGCUGACCCAGCCAGAGGCCUCUCUCGGAGUCGUGACAGUGGAGUUGAUCUAGGCUCUGAUGUGUACAGGAUGCUUCGGGAGCCUGCUGAGCCCACAGCUUCGGAGCCCAAACAAUCGGGCUCCUUCAGAUACCUGCAGGGCAUGCUAGAGGCUGGCGAAGGUGGGGAGCGGCCAGGACCUAGCGGACCCCGGAACCUUAAGCCCACGACCAGCAAGCUGGGCGCCCCGCUGAGCGGCCUACAGGGGCUGCCCGAGUGCACGCGCUGCGGCCAUGGCAUCGUGGGCACCAUCGUCAAGGCGCGGGACAAGCUCUAUCACCCUGAGUGCUUCAUGUGCAGCGACUGCGGCCUAAACCUCAAGCAGCGUGGCUACUUCUUUCUUGACGAACAGCUCUACUGCGAGGGCCACGCCAAGGCUCGAGUGAAGCCGCCUGAGGGUUACGACGUGGUAGCAGUGUACCCCAAUGCCAAGGUGGAACUCGUCUGA